UUUAUUUCUCUCUCUUCCGAUACUUUCUUGUCUCCCUCUCACUUCAGGUUCAUCAUCCCUGCAUUUUGAGAUUUCCACUUCAUCUUCCCCAACCCCAGUCCCAUGGUAGUAAAUUCCAGUCAUGUACCUUCUUCCCCUGUUUAUUCCAACUCUUCUUCCACACCGACCCAUCUUCUAUCUCUAUCCCCUUAUUCAUUACCAAGCGACCCUUCCACAUCAGGUUACUCACCAACCCCUCACACGUACACGUUUCACACUCCAAUCUCCUCAUUGUCGAAUUCUGGUGUGAACAAACCCCUGAGGAGCCACGGAAUACCAAGCGACCCUUCCACAUCUGGUUACUCACCAACCCCUUACACGUACACGUUUCACACUCCAAUCUCCUCAUUGUCGAAUUCUGGUGUGAACAAACCCCUCAGGAGCCACGGAUUACCCCAAAUUACCUCCGUAAUUGCAACACCUUCCCUCCGAUACCCAGGUGGAAAUUCAAGACCCUUGUCUAUGUCGGCUUACACGUCGAUAAGCCUCGUUUCCGCUCGGCUUGUAGGCAGAACCACAGAGACAUCACUUUACUCAUCCAUGCGGGAUUUUUCUCCAUUAUCUAUUCCUAUUUCGAGAUUAAGUUUGGAAUCCCCUGGCCCACUCGUCCAUGAAACUUCUUCAUUACAUUUUGCUUCACCAGUCCCGAGUUCAAGUCGAGAUGCGGCGUCUCAUCUCUCGCAGCUGCCGGCCAUCUCGAUGUCCACGCCCCUAACAUUACUAAGCAGCAUAGCUCCUACUUCAACUCUCUCUUCCUCUUCUGCUUCGCUACAUGCAAGCUUUAACAGUGACUUCUCUGUCAAUAAAAUACCUUCUUCUAGCUUAGUUGCACCAUAUCUUCCUGAAAGCUUCAAUAAUGUCUCUUCACCAUCCCUUAUGCAUGUAGAAAAUCAGAUUUCCACGCCCCUAACAUUACUAAGCACCAUUGCUCCUACUUCUUCUCUCUCUCCCUCUUCUGCUUCGCUACAUGCAAGCUUUAACAGCGACUUCUCUGUCAAUAAAAUACCUUCUUCUAGCUUAGUUGCGCCAUCUCUUCCUGCAAGCUUCAAUAAUGUCUCCAAUUCUGCUUAUGUUGAACAAGACAUAUCAUCUGCACCAAUGAAACCACAUACUGCAUCAUCUUUAAUAGGGAUGCCAUCCCUAUUAAGUGAUGCACACUUUCCCUCUGCAGCUUAUUCUGUCACACCAAGCAGUUUCUCUCAGUUUAUAUCAAAAGAAAAUGUAGAUGCAUCACGGUCAAUGCAUCCUCCAUCCUUCACACAUAACGAGCUUUCAUCCCUUGCUUCCUCCAAAUAUAGCAUGCAUGCAACAUUUGUAGCAUCAUCCCUGUUGCCUAGCAAAACUUCUCCAUCUCUCACCCUCUUUUCUUCAUCAUCAUCAUCAUCAUUGUAUGCAUCUAUGGCAAGUAGUGAAUAUCUGUUGUCUUCAUCUUCAUUUAAUCAGAAAUCGUUUGUCUUGUCUAUGUCUCCAUUAUUUACCUUGUCUACCUCGCCUCGACCUCACCCAACACCUACCAACUCCCCGGAUCGCAUCACUCCAGUUACUAGCUCUCCUUUCUCCUCUCUCCCCCCUGUAGGACCAGUUGCCACGCCCUCAUCCAGUCUCACGUCCGCAUCUCUCCCAUCACCUUCACCUUCCUUUCAGACUGUAUCUAACGUCGCCUUGGCAACCAGUACGUUAAUACCAACAUCCGCAUCUUUUCGAUCUACCACUCCAGUGGUUGCAUCUGUCUUGAGCUCCCCAGCUUUUUCUAGAGCACUGUCCAGCAUGGCUUCCGGUACGCCUAGUGCCAUGUCAGAGCUCGAUGUUGUAGGAUCUAGUGUAAACUUGUUAGAUGCAUCUGCUUUGCUUGAAACCCUUCUGCAUACUCAGACCUCUUAUGACUUUGUAACACCUUCUGAUAGUGCUAACACCAAUUUGGAGAGUAGAGAAAUGGAUCUCACUAGUACAGAUCUUCAAUCGUUUGAUAUAAUGACACAUACUUCAACCAUGUUGUAUACCUCUUUUACACCUUCAUUUGUAACACCUUUCUCUCAGACUUCAUCAUUAGUGCCUCAAGACCCUUCAUUUUUUACCUUAACACAAACUGAACACCUUACUUCAGUGUAUAACUUAGACACCUUGAUACCAACACCUAAUUCUGUAGAAACCAUAACAAUCAGUAAUACGCUAACACAAUAUUUUGAAGUGUCAAAUUAUGACAGUGUAACAUCUGUGCAUUCUAAUUCAAUAGGAAUAAAUUCUACCCAACUUGUAAGACUAACACCAACACCAGUUAGUGAACAGACUCAAACAGCCUACACUACAUCAAUACCGAUACAUGAAACACUGUCACUUACACAAACACUACAUGUAUCUGCUCAGUCAACACCUUUGUCUCAAGUGCUUAUCCAAACACCAACACCAGUUAGUAUAAAGACACAAACACCUUACACUACAUCAAUACCGAUACAUGAAACACUAUCACCUACACAAACACUACAUGUAUCUGCUCAGUCAACAGCUUUGUCUGAAGUGCUUAUCCAAACACCUACGUCUGAAGUGCUUAUUCAAACACCAACACCAGUUAGUAUACAGACACAAACACCCUACCCUACAUCAAUACCGAUACAUGAAACACUAUCACCUACACAAACACUAUCUGCUCAGUCAACACCUUUGUCUCAAGUGCUUAUCCAAACACCAACACCAGUUAGUAUACAGACUCAAACACCCUACACUACAUCAAUACCGAUAUAUGAAACGCUGUCCCCUACACAAACAAUAUUUGCUCAGUCAACACCUUUGUCUCAAGUGCUUAUCCAAACACCAACACCUUCAUUAUCAUCUUUCACAAUUCAGUCCUCAACCCUGCUACCCCCCAGUGUUUCCUUAACGCAAAGCAUGCCUGUCAUCGUAGCAUCCCCAUCUGUUAGUGAUGCUGCAUCUAUGCAAAUGACUUUCACAUCAACAUUCCUUGACAGUUCCCUGCUGCUAACCAGCAUGUUGACGGAGAAUACGAGUAUGUCAUAUGGAGUUACAAUAACUAGCAUGCCAAUUGAUGUGUCUGUCGAUAAAACAUCUUCAUCUUCUGCUGUCAGCUUGACAGAUGUUUCACGUUUUGACUCUUUGGAUAAUCUUUCAUCAACAGAUGGUAACUUAACCUCCACCUCCGUACUGUCACCGACGGCAACCGCAUCACUGGUCCCGCUCCAGACAUCAGCUCCCUCAACAGCUUUUCUUUCUUCUGUGGUAUCAACAGAACUGCUGAACAUGAGUGCUGAAGUUACGCGAACGUUGUAUAGUACUAUGUCGGCGAUCGUUCAAACACCCAUUCUUUCAUCAUCAGUGCAAUCAUUUUCGAGCAGCGUGCAAACAAAUGAAAGUAUGCCUUUAUCAUCAUCAUUGACGUCUAGUUCAAGUGCACAUCAGGAAGUCAUAUCGUCAACCUAUGCAAUCAUGUCAAGCGAAUUUAUCUCGCAGAGUAUGAUGGAAACUAUGAGUAGCUCUUUUGUAAAUUCAUCUAUUCAAAGUGUAAUCAUGCCAUCUUCCUCGAUUUACAUACCAACAAAAUCAUCGGUUCCUAAUUCAACAACAAUGCAGUCAUCAUUAAUAAAAUCCUUGUCAAGUUCAGAAGCUAAUGAAACUGGUACUAUGCCAGUGCAAUCAUCAACUGUUGUAGUCGAAAGUGACUUUAUCUCAAGUACAAUCAUGUCAUCAAUUGCCGUGUUGCCAACAUCUUCUGCAGGUCAGUCGAUUAUGGCGAGUUCUGUCGUGACGGAGUCAUCAAUAUCUCUUGUAAACCAGAGUGUUUCGUUGUUCCCUACGCUAUCAUCUGGUUUUGAUUCAGUAUCAUCCGGUAUAGUUCCCGUGACAACUGAAAUGCCAUCAUCAUCCUCUUCGUUGAUGAUUCUCCCAACUCCCAAUAGCUCAAUCUUAUCAGACUCUCCUGGGGUUAGUUCAACAAUGUCAACCCCAAGUCUUCCAUUUAUGCCAUCUUCAAGCUUCAUAUCCUUGCCUCCCAACUCCACGCUCCAUGCAGAGGCAUCCGCAACCCCUGAUACCUCUUCUGCCCCACCGGCAACUUCUAUUUUGCUGUCUCCAUCGCUCUCUCUUACUCCCUCAAGUGUCACAGAGACACAAGUUAUGAAUUCAACCUCUUCUUCACCUACACCUACAGUUUCUGUGGGCAUUCUAUCAACACCCCUGGUUUCCUUGAGCACCCUGUCCAUGUCAGUUUCAAUGAGUUCAGUGUUUUUGCCCACAUCACCACCCUCCCAAGUAAAUUUGUCCACCAUUGCUACAACUCCUGUAGUUGUUUCUACGGCAACCUCAUCUCUUUCAACAGAGCCAGCAACAAGUGCAAUGAGCACAUCACAGGUGACCCUUCCGACAAGUACAGCUGCAGCGGGUAAUGCAACAGCUAACCCCUCAUCGACAAGUGCAGGAGUGUCUCCGGAGACUUCCUCAGCCACUCCUGGACUGUCCACUUCGGCUUCCUUGAACCACACUAUGGCACCUACUCCUGCAACCGAGGCAACAUCUUCAGUGUCAUCUGCAACACCAAGGACCACUCCCAUGGUCACUACUGAAGCAACAACUACAGGAGCAACAGUUCCACCAACAACCUCUGCCACAACACCUGUAGAAACAACAACACCACCAGUGGUUACCAAUGCUUCAACUGAAUCCAGAACAACACAGACAAUGACACCAACACCAUUUGAUACGUCUUUUGCUACAAGGCCUUACUGGCUUACAAUGGGUCUGGGCAUAGAUGAGGAUGUCGACAUCAAAGCGCCCUCGUAUGUUGAGGAGAUGGAGGGUAACGUGGCUAGGAUGUACGUGGAGGCUAAUCGCCGUAGCAACCAGAGGAUGGUGGAGGUUGAGGAGCUGUUGGAGCAGCUGGAUCCUAAGAAGAAUCCCGCCGUGGAUCCAGCAGCUGGGAGGAGAAGAAGAUCAGUGACAGUGGACGCGAUCACGGCACAGAUAAUCGACUUGACCAGACAAACCAACCCCUCUGAUGUUGAACUGACUUUCUACAUAGUGGAGGAAGGUACCAAACUUCUCUCGGGGGAUGCCAAGAUGGUGUUGGACGAGCUCACCCUCCAAGAAAUGACCCUUUAUCUUGAUGAACCAGUGAACAGUCCUCCUAUAGAAGUUGUGCCAUCGACUACAGCCAUGCCCACAUCAGCGCCUCCGGCCCGCCUUUGGAUCAUCGCGGCAGUUCUCGUUCCAUUGGCUCUACUGUUCUUCUGUUGCCUCUGCUGCUGCUGUUGCUGCUGCGGUCGCAAACCAAGGAAGGAAGACGGUCCCAUGGAUCCUGAUACGUUCAAGAUGCUCCAAUUCAAGGCAAAAUACCCUUACAGGCAAUACCCCGCCAGCCCUCAGGACCAGCAUCUGCAGCCUGUACCUCGGGGAUUCGAUGUGGUCAAACAGGAUUACGCCAACAAUGCGUUUGGUAUGGAGGCAGGCACCAUGGAGCGGAAGCAGCAAAUUGAGGAAGAAGCCGAAAUGAUGAUACAGAGAGAGCUGCCGAGAAGAACUGUUGAGGGCCACGUUUCGCCUGUUUUACACUCUUCAAGAAACCAUUACCCUGUAGGUCAAUCGCCCACCCCCAGCGGUUCAUCAAGUUCUUCGCUAGUACCCCCUCUACCAGCAAAGGUACGUCUGGUCCAAGUGGCAACUCCCUACACUCUCCUUUUUCAAAAUUCAAAUUUACUUCAAUACAAAUUGGUUUUUAUUUCCAAAUCAUAGCAACAAGCAAAGCUUGUUAGUGAUGGAGCUAUGUUUGCCUAACUGUGUAUAUGCAUAUAAAUGAAGCACCCCCUCUAACAACAAAGGUGUAUUUAUAAUGAGGAGCAAUCCCCUGCUGCCAGGAGAAGAAUUUAUGAGUAGAAACAAUGCAUUCAGGGCUAAUCUUUCGACGUCUCCUCCUCCUC